AUGGAUGUGGUGCAGAAAGUUCUCCCGGGCCACACUGGGACGUGUCUUUUCAUCAGUGCCAUAUUACAUUUGCCUUACGGGAACCUCGGGUCUGUGUUGAGUUCCCAGGGUCGGGUGGAGGAAGCAGAGUGGGCCUACAGGAUGGCUCUCAAAUAUCGCAGCAAUAUGGCAGAUGUUCAUUAUAAUCUGGGAAUACUGCUGCAAGGCCGAGAGCAGUACGAGGAGGCCAUACAGAGCUACCAGCUUGCCAUUCAGUAUAGGCCAACGCUUGCCCUGGCACACUUGAACCUGGCACAACUGCUGGAGAGGAGAGGGCGCUACGAAGAGGCUGUAGCCGUGUACCGACGCUGCUCAAGGCUGAACGGCGCAGGUCUGAAAGACCCUCGCACUCACGAGGCCACCAAGAUAUCAGCACUUCUACACCUGGGACGCCUCUACGCCGACCAAGGCCGCCUACACAAAGCAGUCGCCAUGUACCAGGAGGCUGUUGAAAAGAUGCCUGAACACUAUCCGCCGCAGGCGGUGUACACACUGCUGGGAGAGGCACAUUCGCGGCUGCAGCAACAUGAGGAGGCGGAACGCUGGUACCAGGCGGCCCUCCAAGCGGAGCCGGGACACGUGCCAGCGCACCUUACGUACGGGAGCAUGCUGGCCAGGAACAAGAGCCGGGCACUCGAAGCCGAGCAGUGGUUCCAGAGGGCCACCGAACUGGCGCCAAACGACCCGACAGUCUUCAAGCAUUUCGGUCAGUUCCUUACAGAGCUGGAACGUCACGCGGAGGCGGCUGCGCAAUACGUGCGGGCAGUGGAACUAGCGCCUGCGCAGUACGAUCUUGUGCUGAGUGCGGCCACAGCGUUGAGGCAUGCCGGCCACAAGCAGCGUGCAGAACAAUUUUAUCGACGAGCAGCUGAGCUCAAGCCUCAGGAAGCGAGGAGUCACCUGAACCUGGGUGCCAUGUUGCAUCUGAACGGGAAAUUCAUGGAGGCAGCGAGCUGCUACAGAGAAGCACUACGCCUUCAGCCAGAUGACGUCACUACACUGACAAAUCUGCAUAAGCUCUAUAACUUGCUGGGCAAGAGAGGGACAACGUGACGUCACACCUCCAACCCUACAGCACCCCCCGACUGAGUAGUCACUGGGCGGUGGCGCGAAAUAAUUAUUGAUUCACUUAAUGGAACAAUUACACAAUUCGUGUAUCGUUGAUCUCUUUGUUAAUUCCUUGCCCUAAAGCUCGGAAUAAAUAAGCCUACAUGAACUGGAAGACUCAUCCAACAGACGUAAAAUCAACUAACUCAACUUUCAGCAUUAAGAAUUGUUCUGCUGCGACUGGACAAUUCUUUAAAACAGUUUGCUUGUCUCCCUAAUAAUUUUGCACUGUACACCUUUAAAUUAACGGUAAGGAAUGACUACGUUUACGUCAAGUUGAUUUGAUAAAGUAUGUCUUAUUACACUCGGACUGCUCUCCACGUGGGUAAUGUGUCCCUUUCUUGGAAGAGCAAGGAAACCGAGCAGAGGCUGUGCGAAUUGGUGUGUACGUCAUUCCUACAAGUUUCACACGCCAGAAACACUGGAAAAUAUUACACACCUAAAGUAUACAGAAGAAAAGAAAAUUAAGAAGAUUAACAAACAGCAAACUUUAAGUUUGCAGUUGGAGGAAGACGGUGACCUUGGCAAUAUUAUUUUGAUAUUUUUAAAUAUAUCUUCCCAUUAAAUGAAGUUUACGGAAUAUAUAUUGUAUAAACUUACAUUUCUCUUAUGUUUUAUCUUCAUCGCAAACAAAGAAUCUCGAAAUGUUUCCUCACGGAAGCCCAUGAUAUCAAAACUUUUUCAUACAUAAUUUUUGGUCUUAUUUUUUGUGUAUUACGUUCUCGUAAUUUUUCUAAAAGUCUUAGAACUGCGAACAAGAUCUAAUCAAGAGUUUUGUAAUAGUCCCGUUUUAUUGUUCUAAUAGUAUCAAUUUUAAUUCGCCAAUAAGAAACAACGCGAAAAAAAAGGAUAAAAUAGAUGGAAAAACGUUUUCUUAUACGAAGUGAAAACUUGAUCACUUGAGGCAUAAUUUUGUUCCGAAGCGUUCUUAUGCCUCAUUGUAGACAUUCUUACAGAGUUCUAAGGGCAAAUAUGGAUUCAUGUCAGUACGGAGAGGAAACUUAAAUUGCAGAUCGGGAGACGCAGUAGUAAGCAGACAACUAAGUACAUUUUACAAGGUAAUGAAAGCAGGAUUAAUUGUGUCAUGUUUUUGGAUAAAAUAUGUUUAAAAAGUUUAAUUAUUACGAAGUCGUACUUUUAUAUCAGCGUACUGUGUGUGGUUCCAACGUUCGAGACCUGCAUCCGGUGGUGUUGCGAGUCAGCAAAAAAUCACGCAUGCGCAUGAAAGUCCCUUCUACCACUACGCUCAGUUUCCCCACCU